UUUACAUCAGCCGUACACAUGUUGUAAAGUCAACAUAUGUUUAAAUGAUUAUUAAGUUGCCAUUAAGAUUGUAUAAUCGUAUCAUUCGUUCAUUUCUGACAUUAUUUUUCUGUUUGAAUUAUUUCCCGACCAAAACAGCUGAAGUAGUGUAUCAUACACCAUUUAAUUUAGGUGCUACAAGAGUUCCGGUUCCACUGAAACUUACAGAUACCUGUUCUGUGAUUGACAUGUCAAAACAACAGUCAUGUAAAGACGUCACAGUUCAUGCAGCUCAUAUUGAGGAAGUUCACAAUGUACCAUUAAAUGUUAUCAUCCGGCCAAUACCGUCCAUCUUAGAAGAGGAGAAGGUUGACUCUCUUAUGCUUACAAUACAGGAGAACGAAGAAAAAGUUCCACCAAUCGAUGUUCUUUGGAUACAGGGAAAAAAUGGCGGAAAUUAUUUUUAUUCUUUUGGAGGGUGUCAUAGAUUUGAGGCAUACAAGAGACUUCAGAGACAAACAAUUCCUUGUAAAUUGUUUAGGUCAACUAUAAAUGACCUUCGGACUUAUCUCGGGGGAUCUACUCCAGAUCUGUUGUAAUAAUUGGGACGUAGUUUGGAGGAUCUACUCCAAAUCUGUUGUAGUACGAGUAACUUACUGGCAAUUCAUAGCUCUCAAUUUGAGCUGGUUGCAUUCCGAUCUGUGAUGUUCAAUGUAUUUAAUAAUAAUCAGAUAUAAACGGGUACUAAUAAUGCACUAUUCUAACCCGAGGGAUUGACGGUAUAAUAUUUAUGCAGUUUUUUAAAACUUUUGUUUGAUAUCUAUGUUUGUCAGGGACCCAGAUCACAUGGUCAUCAUGGUUAUACUAACAAUUAUACAUGUACAUUUGAAGGGAAUUGACAUUACAUUUGUUAAUGCUG